ACUGCUUUGUGGGGUGAAGCAUAUAACGGGGGUGUCACGCUGGUAAGCAGUGAUGUACACUUGCUGCAGCUGAGGUAAUAUUGGGUGAAGGAUAUCUUUCGUUGGACCUUCGUUCAUCAAGCUCGGCGGAGAGCUUGCGGCAGCGACACAGCUGCCGGCUCAUCUCAGAGGCACGAGGCUCUGAUUUCUCUGGAGUAGAGUUGUUAUCAGUGGUUCGCUGGCUGCCAUCAAACGUGACAUUUUUUACGUUCUUUCAUGAAAAAAAGAAGACUCGGGGCAUGUUAACAGCUGAUGGGGACGUCUGGAAAUUAAGAGUCAAACUUCAUCAGUAAACUGAGCAUCACUGAGAAGACACCAGAAAGGCUUUGUACAACAACCUUUAUGAAAUUAUCUUUUCUCUACUUUUUUGUAACUUUUCCAACCUUGAUUUAGAAAGGAGCAACACAAUAUGGAAGAAGACAAGUGGGUCAAGUAAAAAUGGAUAUAAGACAUAAUCUUUUAUGAUAUACAUGAUAAAAGUAAAAAUAAGUCUUCUUCAAAGCAGCAUUUUUAGUAAAUCUUCAUCUUGUGAUGGACUUGAUCUCCAAGAUGGUAGCAAUUGGAUGGUUAUAGUGGAAUGAUUAUUGGAAGGAAAAUCAACAAGUGUGGAAGGACUCCAAACAGCAGAACUUGACAGAGAAAUUGCAUUUAAACUCUGACAUAUAUUUUCCAAUUUUGAAUGACAAGUCUGGAGAUCUGUGUUACAAGGAUGAAAAAUAACUGUGCUACGUUCACAUCAAAAGUAGAUGAUCGUUUAUUGGCAUUUAAGUUUAAGACAUGUUAAACAUCUCUCAGACUUGGAUUUGUUAUCUUAAGUGAUUUAAACAAGUUAUUGACAGUCUUCUAAAAACUUAAGUCAACAUAAUUUCAAUACCUGACAUUUUACAGAAAGUAAAAGUUCACUUCUGAGGUUUUGCUGUUUGGAAAACUUAUUGUGGAAUUCUUCACUUUUGUUAUUCUUUGAUAAAAAUGUACUGCUCAGCUAUACCGGGUCCUUCAGGGGCGCAUAGUUGCCCCCCUGGGCACUUACCUCCACCGAUGUUUCACCAGGACUACCAUGUACGCCCCUAUCCAAGUCACCAAUACCCUGGUUUCAGUCAGCCAUUUGGAUAUGGGCCAUUCUGCGGUGCUCCACCCCCUUCCUUGUCCUCUUCACCUCACAGUCACUUCUACCAUGCCCCUCACUCUCCGAAUCCUGGGGUACCAGGGAACCCCACUUACCCCCAACCGCCACAUAUGGGUUAUGAUCCUCAUGGCUCUUACCCCCAUCAACAUCCCUUAAACCCAAACCACCAUCAUCAACAGUACCAACAUCAACAGUACCAGCAUCAGCAACAACAUUACCCCCAACCUCCCCCUCCCGUUGCCCCUCGAGGGGGCUUCCCUCCACCCCUGCCUUCUCAAGACCCGGCCCCUCCACCGACUCAGCAGGUUCCGCCACCAGCAGCGUCCUCCACAUCGUCGUCUUCUUCGAAAUCACCUUUUGCAAGCAUCAAUGUUGCUUUCCACUGCGCAGAAUCAAGCUUUUUCUCUAAGAGGUUCCAACAUGCACUGAAUGACCAUGAUGAAGCUAGGAACGUGGAGAAAAUGUUUCUGGAUGUAGCAGAAAGCGAGGAAUCAAGGAUGAGUGCAAUACCUAAUGUACCUCCUCCUCCACCAUUAACCAAUGGGACUUGCAAGUCUGAGUCUGCUGCUGACUCGGCCUAUGACACCAGUCAGCCACCAAGCCCAGGAAAGAUCAGCACCUCAACCGAGGAUGAUGUCUUCCAUGAAGGUGACAACGGUGCUACAUUUGUCCCUCCUCCGCUAGCCUUCCUCAAUGGAAACACGGCGGCGAGGAAAGAAGAGGAUGAGUUGCCGGAGGACUGCGGGUACGUCAGUAUGAAAGAUGCGCCUCCCGCUCUGAAGAAUUCCCUGAAGCUCGAUAACAAUGAGAAUGAAACGGCAGAGAAGGAGAAGAGUAAGAAGGUGGAACCCAGUAAGGAGGAGACAGAUUUGUUACCCCCUCCCCCACCUGUGGAUCAGCAAGCGAUGGCCAGCUGUCCCAGUCAGGAGUUUGAGUUUCCACCCCCGCCCCCAAUGGCGGAGAUAGCAGGUGAUACUAAAGAGAACAUUGCAGCCAUCAGGGCGCGCUUCAAGCAGCAGGAGGAUAAGCCAAAGGAUGAGCCGCUCCGUGCUACGUCACCGCCAAGGAAAAAGAUUAUCUCGUUGGCACCGGUCAUUGCCGAUGGCGCAAAAAGUGAGAAUCGACCUGAGGUUACCUCUCCUUCUAAAUCCAGGAUCGCAGAACGAAUAGCUCAGCUUAAAGAGCAGGAAGUAGCGAGUGAGAGAGAGUCAACAAGACCAGCUGGUGGUGUAGCGGUAACGAGAGAGAGUGAGUAUGUUAAUACACCUGGCAGUGAUCAGACGGUCAAACGCAGACCGCCUGCUCCGGUAAGAGACCCAAACACAAGACUGACCAUGAUCGAGAACACAUCGGUUCAGAGAAUGUCCUAUGGGAAUGGAGUGGACGUACGUAUGGUGCGAACACAGAGCCAGGAGUACAGAAUACAAAGCCAAUAUGGCGGAUUGGUGUAUGAUGAUACUGUUGUUGGAAGCACUUAUAUUGACAAUGUUGCAUAUCGGAAUUCUAUGGAGCACACGUAUGGGAUUAUACCUGAUGUACCUCCACCACCCGUACAAGCACCCCCACCACCCCCUCCACAGAUAUCAAAGAUACCCCAUCAAGGGUCGAUGAGACCGAUGAGUGUGGCAGCUGUACCCCCACCACCGGCACAUGCACCCCCACCAGUACCUCCUCCUAUGCCGUCAGCCAAUACCAACAAUACAAACAACAUCUUCAUGCAGAUUCCGGGUGCUAACGCAAGACCACGAAGCGGGAUACUGUACCCACAGGAUGUCCCGCCACCCCCUGGUGUUGCCCCUCCAACUCCCCCUCAGCCCCCACCAGUACCAAGUGGUCCCAAGCCAACGCACUUGAUGUCCGCACCUGUUACGUCGUCGUAUGCACCACCACCACCGCCCCCUCCCGCCGUAGCCAGUUUCACUCCUCCACCCCCUCCCCCACCUGCCAUGGGAGGCAUGAGCACACAGCACAUUCCUGCACCUCCACCGAUGGGUGGAAUGGUACCCCCUCCUCCACCGGCACCCAACGCCCCACCCCCACCCCCACCACCUGCAGUUAAUAAGCCCACAGGAGGAAUAGGAGGAGGAGGUGGAGGUCUCCUAGAUGGCCUCUCGGCAGUCCAACUCAAGACAGUUUCAAAAGAAAAGAAGAAGUCAGUUUCCAACGAGGGCCCCAUGGAUAACCUAAUGGCUGAGCUCCAAAAUUUCUCUGGUAGGUUACGCCCCACCCCAAAGCAGAGCAAACCACCUUCACCGGAGAUUAAAGAUGAGACUGACAACAGUGUCAACCAGUUCCAGCUGAAGCCAACCAAGACAAAUGGCACCAGAUCGGAAACGCCAUCACCUCCUCAGCAGCCAUCCCCACCGCAGCACCAGAAUGGUAACAACUCGGCCCAGUCCAAUGCCUACCGCCUAUCACCAAACAAUAACGGUGGACCACCUCCCACAACACCAAAGUCACCCAAACCAACUCCGAUGGUAAUGCCUAAGCCAGCAAAGGGUAUACCAGCAUCACCCACCAUGGCACCCCCUGCACCACCCAUUGCUCCUGCAGCACCACAGAAGAGCUUCACACCACCAUCACCACCACAGAAGGCACCGGUAGCACCACCACCAACGGCGCAGAAAGUCUCUCCUAAGAGUUCACCAAAGAGACAGGACUACAGUAAGAGAAUCUCAAUGCCUGUAGAAACGAGACCGCUCUCACCGACGUCCGUCUCUGCAAUGGGGGAGAGGACUAGGAAGGUGUCUACGCCGACAAUGCCUGUGUCACUACCGGUGCAGCUACCAGAGGGCUAUGAUAGCAUGCCAGCUUGGAAGAAAGCCAUGGUGGACAAGAAACUCAAAGAUGCCAUUGCUAAGGAAGAAGAGGAGAGAAGAAAGCAAGAAGAGGAGCAAUCGAAAUGGAAGGGUGUGCCGGAAUGGAAGCGUAAACUUGUGAUAGAGAAGGAGAAGAAGAAAGAAGAGGAAGUCGAGGCUACUGUUGAUAAGAACAAGGAAGAACGGGAUGCAAAGCUACGCUCUAUGCCGACAUGGAAGCGGAACAUUGUCAAGAAAAAGCAUGGUGGGGAUGGUGAUGAUGGCACGUCGAAAGGGGCAUCAGGUUUUGAAGAGACGUCGACAGCUCUGUAGAAUAGCACAAUGACUUGUCAAGGAACAAUAUAGCUUGUCAAGGACUUUAUGCCUCUGAUGAGAAACAAUGAGAGACUUGGUGCUAGUGGCUUUUCCAGUAACCAGAUGUACUGAAAGAUUCAGUGACUGAUUGUCGAUGCUGUGAGCAAUAUAGUCGUCCAGACCCUCAAGAAUGUUGAGCAUGUAGCAUAUCUAUUGUAUAAGCACUUGAUGAAGCUACUACCAAGAUACAAAUGGUGCUUUCUGGAUUUCUGUAAAAGUUUUGUCAUCUCUACAAUGGAGUUAUCCUAUGUUCAAGGACAAUGAUGGUUUCCAUGUAAUGUUGUACAGCCAAUGAGAACAGCACGAUGAUAGCUGAUGAUCACCAUGGAAAUAUACAUGUAUGGUGCUGGGACUCUUAGAUCACUUGACCACAAUAACUUUUUUAUUGAUGUGAUCCAUGCAUUAAAUCUUUAGGUAUUGACAAAUUCAGUAAUCGAUUCGGUCAUGUCUUCUUCCACCUGAUCAGAAGAUAUUCUAGGAUGUAUUCUUAUUGUGUUGACGAAGAUUGACACCUAUUCUAAUUUGAGAGGUAAAAACUGUUUGAAUCUCUUCUUUUAAAAUCAACAUUUGUUUUUCUCACUGGUAGAAUAAGUGAACAAACCCUGAUGCUAUUGGUCACUUAACAGAGCCUGCCAUUCACUAUUUCUACAUAUAGAUCAUAAAUUAUUACAAUGACUGGCUUUUGAGAGCACCCUCCCAAAUAUAUUGGUGUAUAAGACAGAAGAUUAUUUGCUUGAGAGAGAAUUACAUGUAGUACUUCGGAAAACAUGAUCUGAUUUUUAAGUCAAAUACGGUAUUGGUUUUACCGCAGUGAAACUGCAAUGUUCAAGUGUGUGUACAUAGUUUAACCAAACAACGACGAUAACAUUUCUGUGAUCAAAAUCCUUUAUGUUACCCUUGAGGAGCAAAGAGGGAAAGAAAACAUUUGUCGAGAGGUUUACCCUGCAUGUUUUCACCCCCACAAAUUUUUUCACUCAUCUAUUUUUGUCACACCACUCCACAGAGUCACACCCAUGUAUAAAUGUACUUUACAUAAUGCAAUUAUGAGUCUAAAUAUGUUGAAAAUUUAUUCCACUCUUGAACCAACAUGUCACAGACAAGAUAUUACUGUCAACAUAAUGUUGGAGUGCAGCUGAGGCAAUCAGUGAAUCUCAGAUAGUCUUUGUUUCUGACUUGAAUGCAAUUUAUCCAUUGGUGCAUAUAGAGCGCAUUUGAUCAAAAGAUGUUGUCUGUGUUUUGAUUUGUAACAUGUAUAUACAGAGCAAUAUAUAUUUGUAAAUAUUGUGAGAGAAACACAUUGUUGAAAAAAAAAAAACAGACACGUCUUGUUCAUGUGGCAUUCAGAAAUAUAUGUGAGAAAGUUGCGUGAUUAAUCUAUACUCAAUGAAUGUGUUUUAUUUGUUCUUAACACAUUCAAGUCACCAAUACAUGUGGUUUCUGAUGAUAUUGCACAGUUGUGACUAAAUGCAUUAUCUGAAAUGCGAUCUUAAUUGUUUGGGACAGCAGAAGGGGGAUUAUUGAAAUUGUCAUUAAAAUAUUUCAUACCUAACACUUAGACUAGGACAGAGCCUUGAAUUAUCAUAUUGUUUCAUGACAUAUGCAUAGAUUUACACCCAUUAUAAGAAAAUGACUUGGAAAGUAAUAUUUCAAAGAUUUAUAUCAUGAUUCAUUUCACUAUAAUUAUUAUUAUCCCUCCCUGUUUUACAUUCCAAAAUUUCAAAUAAAUUCCAGUAAAAACAAAAUGAAAAUAUUGAAGGAUGCAUCCAAUUUUCCAGAGAAUAUUCUUCUUUGGAGCAUUCCAUAUGCACAGUAAAAAUAUAAACACUUUUUUUUUGCAUUUCCAUUAUUUACAAGCACCAAUUUUAUCACAUUUGAGACACAUGUAUAGCAAAUGAUAGUGAAUAUACCUAUGCAUAGUGUAGAUCAACACAGAGUACAGGUAUGUUAGAAAUGAACAUUAGAUACAAUAGGUAUUUCAUGUAUACUAAUUAGCUAUACAUUGUAAUCUGUGUACUAUCCUGAUAUAAUUUCCAUGUUGCAGUGUCAGGCAUGCUUUUGCAAUGAUGAAGGCAAGUGACUUGCAAUUGCCUUUUUUUGUCUGUUUUGAUUUUAUUUAUUUUAUCUAUAUUUCCAACUGACAUAUUUAUUAUAACCAUAGUGAAAGUAGGGUAUAGUGCAUUGUAGUAAUCACAAAAUUUAUUCACUCCAUACCAAGGUGGCUUCAUAUUUUGAUUUAUGAGUUCUUAUUCUCCUCCCCCUUCUAAUCCUUUUUUCUCCUCCUCCACCUCUUAUCUAAUCCUCUUCUUUUCCUUUAAUCAUUAAUAUUAUUGCAGAUGUUCAUUUCAGAAUAUUAUAGAUGAACCAUAAUUUUUGGAUUAGUUUAGAAAAAUAAUAAACAUGUUUCUCUAACGUAAACACAUUAUUGCUAAAGUACAUAUCUCACAGUAAUAUUUCAUGUCAACAGAAUAUUCCAACUAUCUACAUGUAUGAAGAGUAAACUCUAUUUCAUUCCGUAAUACUGGCAUUUUGUUGUUGACUUCAUUCACCAAUUGUAACUCAUAAUGUGUGUCAAUUAGUUGAGACUCUGAUACCCAUGGAUGCGAAAGAUAUUGUAUGUUUGAUUUUGCCAGCGCCAUAAUGAGGCUGCGAUGAAUGCAAGGAAUGCUCCCCAGGGAGUGGAAAUUGUGCACUUUUCGUGCGGGAUUGAAAUGAAUACAAUGACCGGGGUAAUAAUAUGCUGUAAUGUGCUUUGAGCCAUUCUGGGAAAAGCGCUUUAUAAAAAUUGGCUAUUAUUAUACUAUUUAUUGGUCUCACUUCAUGAAUAAACUGGAAAGACAUUGUUUUUGUUUAUUUUAUAUAUCUCUUGAUAACCCUGAAGAAUUGUAGCUCUUAUUGGAAUAUAGUGUAUCAUUUGAUGUUAAUUUAUGGCAUUAUAAAACUAUUUACAUCUGUGUUUGUAUCCCAAUUUUGUUUUUAUGUUUGACUAGUUUUAGUAGGACUCUGAUAUUUCUUAGUUAUAUCAUCCAUGGGGCUGGAUACCCACUGGGAGUAAGAACUUCUGUUCUUCUUAAAGGACAAGUCCACCCCAACAAAAACUUGAUUUGAAUAAAAAGAGAAAAAUUCAACAAGCAUAACACUGAAAAUUUCAUCAAAAUCGGAUGUAAAAUAAGAAAGUUAUGACAUUUUAAAGUUUCGCUUCAUUUCACAAAACAGUUAUAUGCACAUCUCGGUCGGUAUGCAAAUGAGGGAACUGAUGACAUCACUCACUCACUAUUUCAUUAUAUGAAAUAUGAAAUAUUUUGAUUAUCUCGUCAUUGUCAUGUGAAAUGAAGUUUCAUUCCUCCCUGGACACGUGGAGUUCCAUUAUUUUAACAUUUUGUGCUUCAGGCAAGGAGGUCCUAAUCAUCAAAUUUGUAAAAAUUGAAAUAUUGUAUAAUUCAAACAAUAAAAAACAAAAGAAAUAGUGAGUGAGUGACAUCAUCGACUUUCUCAUUUUGAUGUAACUGGCUCGUUCAUAUAACUAUUUUGUUGAAAAUAAGCGAAACUUUUAAAUGUCAUAACUAUCUUAUUUUACAUCCGAUUUUGAUGAAAUUUUCAGCAUUGUGCUUGUCUGAUUUUUCUCUAUUGAUUCAAAUCAACAUUUUUCUGAGGUGGACUUGACCUUUAAAAAUCAAUUUGAAACUCACCGGGGGGGGGGGAGGUUUUUGAACAAACACUGGCUUUUUUUGCAUCUUUUGCUACACAAUAUUCAAGUUCAAAGGGAUGUAAGAAGAAAUCCAAUUACUACAGUAAGGAAAACCCGAGUUAUAUUAUUUUUAUCAAACUAGUCCUUCGGUGAAUACAUGAUUAUCAAUGCACAUUUCAAAUCAAAUUGGUCAGACUAGCAAAAAGAAAUUUAUUUAUUCACAUGGUCGUGUAAUUGGGUACCUAAUCUAACUUUUAUUAGCCAUGAUUUACGUCUUAUAUUGCCUUACAGAACAUGACGUUAUGGAACAAAUUGAUGUUAAUUAUACAAAAGAUUUACUGCAACUCACAAUUGUAACUCUCUUUUAUCAUUUUGUUCAGUAGACAUGUGUGUAGAUAGAUGUAGUUUAGUAUUAUCGUAAUCUACUAGUGUCGUAGAAAGGGUAAGAAUUAAUUUCUUAUAUUAUUUUAUCGAGCAGGCUGGUCCUAUUUUCUUUUGGCAACAUUUAUUAUACAUUUUAAAUUACAUUCACGUUACGGUUACAUGUAAAUUUACAUUUGGCGAUUUUGAGACUUAUCUAGGAUAGCAUGGAGAUGCCCGGGCUAUCCUGUUUAAUAAUCCUGCCAGUUCUAGAAGUAUUAUUGUCUGAUUCGUCCAUUAGCCCAAAUAAUUUUUUUUCAUUUGUAGAAGAAAUUAUAUAUGCUUGAAAUGUAAAGGACAGGAGUAAGAUGUUCGUUUUCUGUAAGUUGAGUUCCAAUACCCGAUUAAAUCUGCUUAAGGGUUAUUUUUUCUGCAUGCAUUACAAGUACAUGUAGGUUUAACUUGACAACACAAAGCCGUAUAAAGGGCUAUCACUUCGUGGCUGUAAUACGGCAGAAGAUGAUGCUCGGGUUUCUUUGUCCAUCAUCACUUCUUGGUCAAUCCAAAGAAAGCCAUAUAUAUACAGGUAUAAGUGACAUCUUUUUUCCAUGUGAUUUGCACAAUUUUUUUACCAUUGACCCUCGAAAAAAUUUGGAGAAAACGUGCAGUUUUGUAAUAUAAUCAAAAUUAAGCCUAGCCACAUGCUCAUAAACAUUCCCCUCAUUUGGAUUGUGAUUUUUCAGGAUGAAAAUAAAUUCAGCAUGCAUAGUUUUGGUUAGGUUGGCAAACUCACAAUGCUGCUUAACAGGUAAUGCAGGUGACAUUAUUUCAAAACAGUUGUUAACCGACAAAUAGAAUUGUUUAUAUCCAGGCACGGCACAGUUGUGAUCUGUUGAAUGUUAUGAUAUUACCAAAAUGACUGAGAUAUCCAAUGACAAAUAUUUUUUUCCUGCCAAUUUAACAUACAAGUGCUCUAACUUCGACAUCAAUGUUAUUUCAGCUUUUUAUAUCGUUAAUAACCACUGAGAAAUAAUAGAAAAAAAUGAAUCCAUAAAAGUUCAUGUACAUUACAUGUAUGUUUAUGUAUUCACUUAGCACUUCCAGUGGCGUACAUGUAUAUGUUACACAUGGGAGAUUACAGUGAAUUUUAAAUUGAGAAUGACAUACGGAUCCUAACAUCUCACAUUCAUGUGUUAUACAACAAAUUCUAACAUUCAUGAAAUUAAUUUCUUUGUGAUAAUAUUGCAUCUUAUUUUAAAUUAAGAAUAUUAAAUUGUAACUUAUGAAUUGUAUCAUGCUAUAUUUGAUAUGUAUGAUUGUUUGUGAAUGUAUUAUGCUCAUAUCUUGUCACAAGCAAAGAAUGUACACAAUGUAAUCUUUUGGUGAAAUAAAGACACUAAAAAAUCAAA